GCAGCCGCCGCCGCUCGCCCGCAUCCCCUCGGCCCGGCCCGGGGGCAAGGUCAGCAGCGAUCUGGAGCCGCCGUGUCACUCCCCGACAGCUAUGAACUGCAGCGAGAGCCAGCGGCUGCGGACCCUGCUGAGCCGCCUGCUGCUCGAGCUGCACCACCGGGGCAACGCCAGCGGCCUGGGCGCCGGCCCCGGCCCGAGCAUGGGCAUGGGGGUCGUGCCCGACCCCUUCGUGAGCCGCGAGGUGACCAGCGCCAAGGGCAACGACGCCUAUCUCUACAUCCUGCUCAUCAUGGUCUUCUACGCCUGCCUGGCCGGAGGCCUCAUCCUGGCCUACACCCGCUCCCGCAAGCUCGUCGAGGCCAAGGACGAGCCGUCCCAGGCUUGCGCCCAGCACGAGUGGCUCCCGGGAGGUGCCCCGGCCGCCGCCGACGCUGAGACAGCCGCCGGAUCGCCCGCCGAGGACCGCCGCCAGCUCGGCCCCGCCGGGCUGCCCGCCCCGGCCCUCACCCGGGCCGCCGAGGGCGUCUAG